GAGUCCACGCAACGUUCGCCGAAUUGCCAACGAAUCGAACAAACAUUCGAUGUUCUUUUUUUUGUAUGAAUGUGAAGUAACAUUCGAUGUUAUUGUCGUCGUCGCUAUUUGAGAACCUGCAUCUCGUGAUUCUCCGAAGCUUCUUUGAGCUUUCCGUGGAUUCGGGAAAGUAGAGUAAGGUGGAGAUUUGGAGAAGGCGAUGAUAACGAGAUCGAAUCUAGCUGAACAGCUGAGGGAAUAUCAGAUUAGAUCAAAGCAUGAUUGGGCCUCCGUUUCUUUCUUCUCUUCCACUUCCAACUUCUCUUCCUCCAGGGUCGAUGUCGUAGUCUUUGUCAUAUGGGAACUAGUGAUCUUAGCGUUCCUGGUGUUCUCAGCUGUGUCCUUGUAUUUCAGGCGGUUGCAACUCACUUUCAUCCUGAUUUGUGUCGCCUUACUAUUGUUCGUCUGUAUGAAAAUCACAAAGCAAGUGAGACAAGCCAGGAAGAAGAAGCGAAGGAUGCUUCUUCCUCUCUCUAUGUAAAGAUCAAAACCACUGAGCAGUUGCAAACCUUUUACCUUCUCAGGCAACCAAACCUAACUGAGCAUUGACCCAAUAUGCAUUGAUAAAGAUGACAGCGAAGCUCAGACUGACCCUGGGACACAUUGCUUUUGUCCUUUGAAGAAUCGACUUGACUUGAGAUAUGAAACCAGGGAAUGCAAUUUCAGGGCUUAGGUUAGACAAAUCAGAACAAUAGUGGUUGUAAAGGUUGUUUUCUUGUAUAAAGUACUAUGGAAGGUUGCAUUAUUUUUGGUAGGCACGAUCACGAAAGAUUUUUGUUUUACGCGAGCGUUUUGUGAUUAAAGAUAUCUAGUUUUCCAUACAUCUAUGUUACACUUAAGAUGGUGAAACUA